AUGACGCUUAAUGAGAUCGAACAAAAUGACAUCUCCAAGGACCAGCCCACGUUGGUUCGAUGGUAUAUUGAUGUCAGACGCUGGGAUGAAAAAUGUUUUAGUCUUCCUUUUCUCCAUACCCUAACUCAGUCUGAUCAGACAGCUGUCAAGAAGUACUAUCAAACUUCAGAUCAACGUCUGUCGCUAGCAUCCCAGCUGCUGAAAUAUUACUACGUUCACCAAGCCACUGGCACUCCUUGGAAUAAGGUUGAAAUUCGGCGUACUCCCAUGCCCGAAAAUCGCCCAUUCUACGACUCAAGUCUUGAUUUCAACGUCAGUCACCAGGCUGGUCUCACUCUGUUCGCAGGCACGCGUGCGGCAGCUGCCCACUCGACUUCUGGAGCCAAAGGCUUGCCUCGCGUGGGAAUUGACGUUGCCUGUGUUGAUGAACCCUCACGCCGUCGCACCAAUUGUCCCCCGAAGACACUUGCCGACCUGGCAACUUUCGUGAGUAUUUUCACUGAUGUUCUCUCUGCCCGUGAGCUUGCGACCAUCAAGAACCCUUACGCGACCCUAAAAUUGGCUCGUGAGCUUGGUUUAAGUAAAAGUGACCCAAGAAAAGACAACGAGGAAGUUCUUGCUGCCUACGGCAUUCGGCUGUUCUACUCGUUUUGGGCUCUCAAGGAGGCGUACUUGAAAAUGACCGGAGACGGCCUUCUGGCCACUUGGAUAAAGGAUUUGGAGUUCACAAACGUAAUUCCGCCCGAACCCGUUCAGAUACUCGGAUCUACUGGUCGCCCUUUCGAUACGCCCUCGGUCCGAAAUUGGGGCCGGCCGUACUCCGAUAUCAAAAUUUCCUUACGUGGCACUCCCAACUAUUCUGUGCGCGUCCAGCUCAUUGGCUUCGAGUCCGACUACAUUGUCGCCACAGCCGCGUCAGGCCCCACUAUUGGAGCUGUUUCGAGGGAGGUCGUCACGAAUGACAGCGAUCACCACCUGUCCGAGUUUAUCACAGUCCUCGAUCCUGAUAACAGACCUCAGAACGUCCGCAUUGCUCCCCUCGCGCUUCUUAAAGUCGGCGACCGGGACCCCUGGUGCGUGGACUCGAGAAUCAGCGACCCCUGGUUGCCCAUGCAGGAGGUCGAUAUUGACAUCGAUAUCCGCCCCUGUGCCGAGGGCCGCUGCAAGCACACCCUGGAGCCUACCAAAUUUCCAAGUCCCACUGCUCUUGGGAUAUAA